GAUCAUGAAAGUCUCCGUUUUCUCCAAUGAGGGCACAGACAGUUCUUGUUCUUUUCUGUGUGGAAUGAUAAUCGACAACAAAUCCAUAGACUGAAGCUGUAAAUUCUCGAUUUCAAUUCAAUUGAUUCUCUUCCUUCUUCUAAAUCUCAAAGCAAAAUUUGCAGACAUGGAAGAGAAUUAGAACGUUUUUCUGGUUGAUAUUAGCCACUUGAUUGUAGCUGAAAGGUUUUAUAAGUUUUAUAAACUGCGCAUAACAUGGAUAUUGCCCUGCUCCUUGAAGAGGGCAGAGCUGAAGCAUCCAGCUACUGUGAACUUUACUGCUAUAGUUGUUGCAACAAAAGAGUGGAGAGGAAAUAGCAAUCAAUGUUCUUUAACCUAUGAGACGGAAGUAAAUUGCUGUUUGGAUUUCUGUUCUGAUAAUGUUCAACUGAGAUUUCAUCUCUCUGCAAAAUGAGUUUUAGACACGUUGGGCUCUGCUUGAUUCUCUAUACAUGUACUUGAGCAUCAUCCGGAUCAGAUACUAUCUCUGAAGCGUAUAUCUGAAGCGAUGUCUGAAGCAAUGUCUGAAGCGAUGUCGACACUGCCCAGUGUCGAAUUUGCAGAUUUGAGUCCCACAAAAGAUGUUUUUGUUUCAGCUCUCCGCUUUGCUCUGUCAAUUAACAGCCCAUGUGUGCCAUUUGGAGAUGAGCUUCAAAGAUCUGCUCAGGAACAAGUUGACUACAUGAUAAGAGCAGACGCCGAUACGUCGUUGGUAAUAACUGACGACGAAGUAAAAUCCGUGUUGAGAAUGGGUCUUUCUAGAACUUGUGCAUCGUUUCAGACAGAUCUAUCUUCACUACUUUUGGAGUCUGACCUUACAUCUCAAGUCAACGAAGACAAGCUAUUGAGAACACUAUCUGAUCUUGAAUGGAUAUGUUCUUUACUUCCAAAGAUGAAUUUAAUGAAAGACUUCGUUUCCAACUGGAUCGAGAUAUCUGGGAACGUACUGAAGGUCAUCGAGGACGAAAAGUUAAAUUCCUUAAUGUGGGGUUUGAAGGUUAAGCUGAUUGAGAUGACCAACAAAGCCUUGGAAGCUGUUGGCUAUGGGACUGUGAUUCUUCCUGCACCGUACCGGUUGUCACUGCUUCAAUUCUGGCUUCCAUAUAUCAGGAAGAUGAAGCCUCUGCUCGAUUCAAAGUGCGUCGCAGAGACAGAUUUUAGUUACAAGAUGGACGACGAGCUGUGCUUGAAUAUCGAGGGGGCAAUUGUGUCCAUGGUAUUGACAUUGCCUUCAAAUGAUCAAGCAGGUAUCUUGGUAGACUGGAUGAAAGCAGAGGAAAUGCAGUAUCCUGAUUUAACUGAUGCUUUUGAAUUAUGGUGUUAUAGGACCAAAUCUGCAAAGCGGAGAUUGGUUGAAGGUAUUGAUGGAGCCUGCUCUGACAAUGAUGAUGCUGCAAUCAGCUUUUGAAUUGAUCGCUACGACUCUGCUAGGUGGAUUCAAAUGUUUGUUAUUCAUGUAGGACAUAGCAAGUUUAUCAAUCUUCAUAUGUUCCAUUAAUAAAACUCCCUCUCUACAGAGAAAAAAAAAUGAAAACUAUAAACUUUUUGUUCUUGUUAACU